CUUCCCGCAAAAUUUGCAGAAAUCAGAAUAAUCAGUAAUCCAUAGCCGCCCAAGGAAGCUAGAACAUGGAGGUUCAGAACGCAGAUGUGAACAGUCCCCAGACGUGUCCGAAAACGAUGACCAUUCGCCGGAACCCUUACCGACGUGCUCGGAAUACGCCAUCAACGAACAAUCCGCCCUCAUUUCUCAAGCCAAACCCAGUCCGUAGCAAUAAUAUCUCUUCAUUUCCCAUUCAAGAGAUUCUGUCUAUUGAUGUAAAUGCAGACCCGAAGAUAGAUUCAGUAACGACAGAAGAACAUCUACCAGAGAAUCUCAAAGUCUAUCUGAGAAUCCGGCCGGGGGUCAUUCAGAAUUUUGCCGGAAAAAAGGCAAAAGCAGGAGCUUCAAAUUUACAGGCAAAGAAUGUUUGGCCUAAAAAACCUAGAGCAAAGAUCAAUUCGGACAAGAGGUUGAAGACAAACAGCAAUACUUGCUUAGCUAUGAACGAUUCACACUCAGUAACGCUCGUACCACCCUCGAAAUUGCAAGACACCAAGCGGACGAAAUAUGAGGUUUAUGAAGGUUUCUCCCAAGUAUUUUCUCCUGAGGCGUCUCAGAAGGAAGUAUAUGAGAAAAUGGUGAAUCCAUUGGUUGAUGAUCUUCUCCGUGGAAAGAGUGGGAUGCUGGCUGCUUUAGGUCCAAGUGGCUCUGGGAAGACACAUACUAUCUUUGGAUCUGUGAAGGACCCCGGUAUGGUCACACUUGCACUUCAACAACUGUUCUAUGAAGAUGGCGAUAAGACUAAACCACCAAGGAUUUUCCACCUUUCAAUGUUCGAAAUUUGUUCAGAGAAAGGGAAGUCUGAGAAGAUAUUUGAUUUAUCCCAAGAUAGUACUGAUUUAUGCAUACAGCACACAUCCAUUAAAGGCUUGCAUGAGAUCAGAGUUAAUGACAUACAUCAGGCUGAAACCAUAAUAGGACGUGGUUUGUUAAGGCGCGCAACAGCCAUGACAAAUUCCAAUAGUCAGUCUAGUCGCUCUCAAUGCAUAAUAAACAUUCGCUGUGGUCACAAGAAGGGCGAUGGGAAAGUUAGUGAAGAGUCAAAUGGCUCUAUCUUGACAAUAGUUGACCUUGCGGGGGCUGAAAGGGAAAAAAGGACGGGAAAUAAGGGGGCUAGGUUGCUUGAAAGUAAUUUUAUCAACAACACUUCUAUGGUGUUUGGACAGUGUUUGCGGUCUUUGCUGGAACAUCAAAAGAACCCCAAAAAGCCACUGCAGAAACAUUUCCAAAAUUCUAUGUUGACAAGAUACUUGCGAGAUUAUUUGGAGGGAAAGAAGCGGAUGGCAUUGCUAUUAACUGCUAGAGCCGAGCGAGAAGAUUAUAUUGACACUUCUUUUCUUCUAAGGCAGGCUUCACCAUAUACAAAGAUAAAGUUUGACUGCAUUGAAGAACCAGUAAAUUUAAAUUGCAAUAAAAGGGCUCGUCAGACAGUCCCCAUGUCAGACCAAAUCAAAAGAAUGAAGAUGGGUGACAUUGAAGCUCUCAAGCCAGGCCGAGUAAAGAUGGGACAAGAUUCCUCUCUUAUAAAAGAAGAGCACAUUGCUAGAGGGGUUGAUGAUAAAAAGUUGAUAGAAGCUUCAAUACAUUCAGAAGAAGAUUUAGAUGGUGCAAAUGUCAAUGACAUAUUCUCUCCUAUAGCUGUUCAAACUAACAUUGAAGGGAAAGAUAGACAGUAUCAGGUCUUACUGGGGUUUUCGAAGGCACUAUGGAAACUCUUAAAGGACUACAAGAAAAAACUUGAGGUUGCUGAGAAUGAGACUUACUGCCUUAGGGAGGAACUGAAGGACUUAAAAAUCCAGCAUUCUUCUAAAACUGAAGAUUGCCAACCAACUGCAGCAUGUAAGUUGGGAAAAUCUCUUCAAGACUCAAAGUUAGAAGAUGUCAAAAUGGAAAGCACUUCUUUGGAAUGUGGAUCAACCAAUGUCAAGGUAACUUUAUGUCAGUCCAAUGAUCAGGAAGGCGAAAACCCCAUAGAGAGAACAGAUACUAUACUUGCAGAGCGCACUGCCAACUCUUCCCUGCAUGAUGAGGGAAAGUUUGUGGAAUCUGCUGAAGACCCAAAGUUAGAACAUGUAAAAGUGGAAGAUACUUCUUUGGAGUUUGUACUCGAGAAAAUUAUAACAUCAUGCCAGUCCAGUGUUCAAGAAGAUGAAAACUCUAAAGGAAGGACAGAUUCAGAACUUGUGGGGCCCACUGCUAACUCUCCCAUGCACGAUGAGGGAAAGUUUGUAGAAUCCUUUCAAGAUCCAAAUGUAGAAGAUGUUAAAGUGGGAGAUAAUUUGGAGCGUGGAGCAUCCAAGACCAUUGUAAAUUCAUGCCAGUCCGGUGAUCAGGAAGAAACCCCUCCCUAUAAAAGGACAUGUGAUUCAAUACUUGUGGAACCCACUGACAAAUUUCCCUUGCAGUAUGAUGAUGCAAAGGAACACUUGCAUCCCCGGGUGCCAAAUCCUAAAAGUAAUGCAUUAGAAGUUGUACCGAAACAAACAUCUUUUGGCUGUCCAAAAAAUGUAGAAAAACCUAAAAGGAGACUCCAACCAGCUUCAUCCAUCCUAUUGAAAGAUAUUGGCAAUGUAGACUUCGUGGACGAUAAUGAGAAGGUGAAGGGUACCAAAGGAGAAAGGACAUCAGCAGCAAUCAAUGUGAGGAAUAUAAGUGAUGGGAGUGUAUCUCUUCUUCGUUUGUUGACGGACCAAUUUCAUUAGCUUGUUGGAAAAUGUGAUGUAAAGUUUUUUGCUGAAAACUAUGUUGAUGUAAUUUCUACUGUUGUGUGCGCAAUAUAAAUUUGAAAAUGGUAAACAUGCAGCUCAAGUUCAUUAACUGUUGAUUUUUCUUUCAAAGUCGAAUACUUUAACUUCAAUGAACCUUAAAUCUGGUAUUCUGGUAUACCCUAUCAA